CGGAUACCGACUCGCUUUUGGUCUGCGCAUAAAGUUGCCUUUCUCGCACUUUCAUUUGCAUCUGCCCACGCGCCAAUUCAGCUUGGACACCAAGUCAUCAAUCGCAAGUCAUAUCGCGAACAUGUAUCCGCCCAUCGAACAAUAUGAAACAGGAAAGUUGAAAGUUUCCGACAUACAUACACUCUACUACGAGAUCAGCGGAAACGAGAAAGGAACUCCAGUCGUUUUCCUACACGGCGGCCCAGGAAGUGGUACUGACCCUAAGGACCGUUUGUUCUUUAAUCCGGAGAAAUACAAGAUCAUCUUGUUCGACCAAAGAGGCGCUGGAAAGUCUACUCCGACCGCGUCACUCGAGGAGAAUACGACUUGGGACCUCGUCAAGGAUAUCGAAAGGCUUCGCGAACAUCUGAAGAUCGCCAAAUGGAAUGUUUUCGGAGGUUCAUGGGGAUCUACGCUAUCCUUGGCAUAUGCCCAGUCCCAUCCAGAACGUGUCAAGACUCUCGUCUUACGCGGGAUAUUUACGUUGCGUAAGAGCGAACUCCGGUUCUUCUACCAAGAAGGGACGUCGCAUUUGUUCCCAGGCGCAUGGGAGGAAUAUAUCGCUCCGAUUCCAGAACCCGAACGACACGACAUGAUUACCGCGUAUCACGCACAGCUCAACUCCGCAGAUGAAGAGACGCGCAUCAAGGCAGCAAAGGCUUGGUCGAAGUGGGAGAUGGCCACGUCCAAACUUUACGUGGAUCCUGCGCAACUGGCGCAAGCAGAUAACGACCGCUGGGCCAAUGCAUUUGCAAGAAUCGAGAAUCACUACUUCGUGAACGAUGGGUUCAUGAGAGAUGGUCAACUGCUCGAGAAGCAAGAGAUCGACAAGAUCCGGCACAUCCCUACAAUCGUCGUCCAGGGAAGAUAUGAUGUCGUAUGUCCGGCAAGGACCGCGUAUGAUUUGAAGAAGGUAUGGCCUGAGAUAACGCUGCACAUCGUGCCCGACGCAGGGCACUCAGCGAGGGAGCCGGGCACGGCCAAGCUGCUCGUUGAUGCAACGGACAAGAUGGCUGAUCUAUGAGCCCCAGUGAUAGGAUCUCGGGAAUCUACCCAGGCUACUGGUGCAAUGGGCCAUGCUGUGCAUUCCGGAUCUGGGUGUAGCUCAGACACACGACUCUGUUAUCAGAUGCUGACCGCGGACCUUGCAGCAGCCGUGAGUGUUUUGAGCUGAUCGUCUGCGUGCUAAGCGGGUGUGGCCUGCGCGUGGUAAGAGCUACCCAUGCGGCUGAUAUGUCAAGCGUUACCAUCGAGCGGACCUUGCUCCCAGCAUGACCAAGUUCUUGACUUCCUGCCAGAACAUUAUGUCCGAAAUGAAUGAACGUGAAACUUAC